AUGAGUCACCUGCGCAACUCCGCGUCGAGCUUGUCAGUGUCUGCAAUUAAGGACCCCAACAAGACGAGUGUCAAGAAAACUGUCACCUUCCUGCCGCACAUCGAAGUAUGCGAGUAUAUCAGCAUGGAGUCUCAAUCCUCUAGCGAGCUGCGUGCACUUUGGAAAUGGCCAGACGAGAACGAUCCGGAGGAGGACACGGAAGACCUCUUGCACGAGUUGGGAGUCACCUCAAGCUUUCACUAUCAGAACCAGUGCGUUGCCACGCUGUCCAAAUGCGUCACCCAACCGAUGUCUCGCAGAAGGAUGGUGUGGGACUCCAUAGCGCUGAUCAUCCUGGCCGUCGAGGUCAUCUCGUUUCCACUGGGCGCCUUUGAGCAGAUCGAAGCCUUGAUGUCUUCAGAGCCAGCAUUUAUCGUCAUGGACUGGAUCUCCGCAUGCUACUGGCUGUUGGAUAUGCCCAUCCAAUUCUUUGCUGGCUUCAACACCGUAGACGGGAAGAUUGAAAAGCGUUUCGAUCGGACAGCUCUUCGAUACUUGAAGUCGUGGUUCUGCUUGGACCUUCUUAUCGUCAGCCUGGAUUGGGCCUCGCUCGUUGGCCAUUACAAUGCGGAGUUCUUGGAAGCUCUAAGAGUUGGCAAGACCGUCCGUGGCAUCCGAAUUGUGCGAGGAGUUCGAAUCCUUCGCCUGGCCAAAGUGGCGCCAAUGCUGCAAAAUAUAGCCGAUUCCCUGUACGGUGACUUGAACGUUCUCAUCUUCAAGAUUGGCAGCAUUGUUGGAUCUGUCGUUUGCGUAAACCAUUUCAUUGCUUGCUUCUGGUAUUGGCUGGGCUCCUUCACCGGAGAAGGUGGGCUUCCCAGCUGGACCACUGAUGUUCAGGCUAGCACAGAAUCCGCUGGCUACCAAUACGUAGCCUCAUUCCACUGGAGUCUGUCGAACUUUGCAACGGCUACAACUCGCAUCAAUGCCGUCAACAUGUGGGAGCACUUCUUCGCCAUAUUCGUGCUCUUUGCAGGCCUCGUGUCUUUUGCGAGCAGUCUUUCUGCAAUCACGUCCGCUGUCACGGACUAUAGAGCGCUGGAAGUGGACACCCUGCAGAAUGAGAAGAAGCUGCGAGCAUUCUUCGGUGACCGGGGGAUCUCACCUGCCAUGUCCAGCAGAAUCUGGGAGUUUGUGCGGUCGCGACGACGGUCUCGGCCAAAAUUAACAGAAGCCAACGUCAAGCUCUUGAUCGGCCUGCCGAAAAUACUUCGCAUUGAGCUGCGGAAGGACGUGUUCCUCCCGCAUCUUCAGACGCACCCCUUGUUCCAAGGACUAGAGUUAGCAGAUCCGCACGUGAUCAGCAGGCUUUGUGACCGAGGAAUCGAGUUCCGUGGUGCGCCUCCUAUGGAGGAUGUGUUUAAUCGAGCAGAGAAGGCUGCUCACGUGUACUAUGUGAUAGGCGGGCACCUACAGUAUUAUUUCCAGCGCCCUCAAGCACGCCGGGCAAUUUCUGGAGCCAUCGAUGUAAAUGCCGGCGAGUGGAUCUCUGAAGGAGCUCUAUGGUUCGACAACUGGGUCCACUUUGGAUGGCUUCGGGCAAAGACGCAGUCAGAGUUCUUACUCGUCAAUGUGGAGGUGUUCCAGAUGGUUGCGCUGAAGUCGCCAAGUCCCUACCUAGGAAGCACGAUCUACAAACAGGCAUGGGUAAAGCAGAUCAAGGACGAUGUGCGAAGUCAGGAGGAUGGCGUCACUCGUCUGUUCAAAGGACGACCCACAGACUUGGGGGGCGAUAAGCAGCUUCUGGAGCACAUCGCUCACGAUGCCUUCCCGGACCUCGCCCGUCGCUACGAGAUGCGCUUUAAUCCAGAAAUUCUGAAGCUGGGUAGUUUUUCCAGCCGCAUCUUCACUAACUCCAACUCCUCCUAA